CCGACAUCUGGACGAAAGACGGCUUCAGCGGCAGCCGACUGACUCUAACUCCGACCCGGAGGAGAGAUCCAUCCAGUCUCCGGUCCGCGACCUGAGCCAGGCGCUGUGGCGGAACCGCGGGGGAACACCCGCGAGAAGCAUGCGAAAGGAGAAGCGAAGCCUUCCUCUGGACAUGUGCUGAGAUGACACACCAGUGAAAACAACUUAAGAGAGAGCUAACAACACUUUUCAACACUUUUCUCGACUCGCGCUGUAGUCAACACUUUCAGCUAAGAUCAGAAGAAAUCCUCAUCGUCAAUAACCAUAAUGUAUCGGUCCACUAAAGGAGCGUCAAAAGCUCGGAGGGACCAAAUAAACUCGGAGAUUAGGAACCUGAAGGACUUGUUGCCCAUCUCCGAUGCGGACAAGUCUCGACUCUCCUAUCUUCAUAUCAUGUCGCUAGCCUGCAUGUACACGAGAAAGUCUGUCUUCUUCACUCAAGAUACAGCUGAAUCGAGCACUGCUGAGGAAACUGUGGGACUCCUCUCAUUUCAUGAACUGAAUGAGCUGGUACAAGUGAUGCCAGGUUUUCUGCUGCUGUUGACCGGAGAAGGGAAGCUACUGUAUCUGUCAGACAACGUCUCUGAACACCUCGGACACUCAAUGGUUGAUUUGGUCGCUCAAGGGGACAGUGUGUAUGACAUAAUAGACCCCAUGGACCAUUAUAUUAUGAGGAGUAACCUAGUGCCUCCAGCUUCACCGGACACAGAUCGCUUGUUCCGCUGCAGAUUCAAUACCUCCAAAUCAGUGCGUAGGCAGAGUGCAGGCAAUAAACUUGUUCUAAUCCGAGCCCACUGCUUGUCACAAACCUCCAGUCAAUCUUCCCCAGGAUCCUACUGGACUUCCAACCCAGUGUGGGUAUGUUUUUGUGCUCCUCUGGAAGCUCACACAUCACGAACUGGAACUGGCCCUGAAACACCAUCAGCUCCUGCACUGGAAAGCAGCUUCUUCCUGCCAUGUUUCCGUUCUCAGCAUAGCAGUGACAUGAGACUACAGGAGGCACAAGACAGUGUGAAUGUUUAUUUGGGUCUGAAUGUGGAGACUUUGCGCUCACACUCCUGGUACAGCUUCCUGCAUCCUCAGGAUCUUACACAUGCCUCUGCACAGCACUGCAGUCUGUUAAGAGAGGGAGGAGAGGGCAGGGCUGAGAUGGUGGUUCGUGUAGAGACUGCAGAUCACUCCUGGGUCUGGCUUUACAUGGUCCUGCAGCUGGAUACUGGGGAAAACCCCAUUGUCAGCAGCAAUUUUAUCAUCAGUGAGACAGAGGCUUGGUCAGUCAGACAGCAGCUGAGCUCUGAACAGACACAACUUUCCUUGGUGCUGGGCUCAAGCACUUCUCAACAGGAGAGCCUAAGCUUACAGAGUCCAGAAACACUCUCCAGCCCUGACCAAGUUUUCACACCAGGAAGCAGCGGCCUCUCUGGUCAGUCCUUUGACUUCAGCACGGCUGCAUGCAGUGCGGGUUCCACAGAGGAGCAAGGUGGCAGUUCUUCACUGGAGCCCACACGAUUGGAAAGUGGCCCACGUUCCAGCCUCUCUUCUUUGGAAGAGGAGAGCUUCUUCCAGCAUGAGCCUAUUGAACCCUUGGCCAGUCCAUCUUCUGCAUCAUCUCCCAUUCCAGUUACAGUUGCAACAGUGUCUGAUUUGGACUUCCUCACUCAGAAUAUUCUGCUGCCACCAUCAUUCCAGAUAGACCCCCCCCUACCGGCCUUGCCCCUUCCUCUUCCACCUGUGCCUACCUCCCAGGUCCAACAGACCAAGGAGUUUGUGUGUACACCCCCAUAUACACCUCAGCUAGGUGGAAGCAAUUUUCCAUUUGGGGAACCUCAUUUCAGCUUUGAUCCUACUGGAGCCACCUCACCGCCUCCACUUGCAUCAACUGCAACUGUAACAACCACAGUAGCUCCAUCUAUUUCUCCAUCUGCUCCAUCAAACCCACAAAGCAGCCCACCUCCUCCAACAACAACACUUUCUACUCUGCUGCCACUCACUAUAACAUCUCCAACCACAGGAAUUGUCUUCCCAGUAGAGCCUUGCAGUGUCUCACUCUAUGAGAAGCUUCCUCCUACUCCUGACAGUCCAGGUGAUGGAGACUGCAUGGUUAUGACUUUGCCAGAGGUCCGUGGACCACUGUAUGUUGAUGUCCUCCAUGGACCCCUCCCUUACCCACCAGAGGGUCUCCUUACACCUGAAGCCUCACCUGGAAAACAGCCCAGCCUAUCCUUUUUCUCCUCACUGCGUGAGAGAGAAAAAGAGAGAACAGAGAUCUCCCUUUUAGCACAGCACAUCAGCACACUAGCAGAAGGCUUCUAUCUAGAUCCACUCUUCACCAAGCUGGUUCCUUCCACCAUCUCUCCACACCAUCAAUCUCAGUCUCUGGAUUCUUUUGGACUUGAUUCAAUCCCACUGUUGGGUGAAUUUUACCCACUCAAGUCUUGGAAAGGCCUGGACCUUCCCAUUUUCCCUGAUGAUGAGUCUCUGUUUGAAGAGAGCAUCUUAGAGACCCUUCUUCAGGACCUCACAUCCUCUCCUACCCACUCAACAACACCCUCUUUCUCCUCUUCCUCCAGCCCUCCCUCCUCCCCCUCCACUCCUGAGUGCUGGUGCCCACCCCUGCACUUUGAUGGGAUCUCUGCUAUGAGUGCCGGUCACUUCUGUAGCGUCCAAUCGGCGCACUGUAACAAUGUGGCCGGGCGAGGGGCUACUAUGUCGCCAGUCAGCACAGGCAACAUGGCAGAUGGGAAGGCAGUAGGUGAAAGUGCCAUGGAGACACAGGUAGCAUCAUCACCUCUUAUCACAGGCAUACCAGCAUCUCCACCACUCCAGCUGACUGCCUCGCCUGCCUCCCCAGUCUCGGUGCCUGUCUCCUCACCUGUCAGCCCCACUUCGCCCGGCCUGCCCUGCUCCCAGUCCCUCCUUGAGGAGCUGGCCACCCUGGAACCCAUGUUUGGGGCAGGUGCCUCGAUCGCCCCUGACUUGGGGCAACAACCUGAGUUGUAUCAACUCCAAAGUCAUGCCCCGCAACAGUGCUUUCGCAAAGGUGAGUGUUGGUCUUUUGUUUUGUUUUUUUACUUAUCACUUUCACAUGUCUCAGUUGCAAUUGUCUGGAAAAAAUGUAGUAUUUUUUCUAACAUUUUCCCCUGUUGCUUCUUUUUAUGUCUUACAGAUGGGAGUGGAAGUGAUUCUCCGUUCUAAAAUAAGUCUAUGACUUACUUCAUUAAGUAUGGCAUAUUGUCAUAUUUCAUGGAGCUACUUUUGCUAAAAAAGUGAAAAUUAUUUAACUGAAUAAAUAUAUACCUAAUGUAUAUAAGGCCAAAAAAGACUGGAACUUCCUCAAAUCCAUUAAGAGUAAACUGUCAUGUUCACAAUUGUUCAUCUAAUCAUCCAUUAAUUUAUGUUAAUAAUGGUGCAACCCUUUGGUAGCAAUGCAUUUUACAAGUCUUAAAAACAAGUCCUAACAGGACUAUGAGUUAUGUCUUUCUGCUAUAAUGUAACAUGAACUUAUAUGAGUUACAGCUCUGACUUUGUAAGGGCAAACUGACUUACAGACUUGCAUUUGUAUUCACUUGUAGUGAAAAACUCAGUUGUGAACUUUAAGGACAUGAAAAAAAAAAGAUUCUUCAAUAUUUCAGAAAGAAACAACAGAUAACUUAUGGCUCAGUGCUAGUUAUCCAGCAUCACAUACACAAAGUCCAAUGUGUGGAAAGUAUUCAGAUUUGCACAAUGGAUCAAAAACUGAUUAUUUAAAAAGUGAUCAGUUUCUAAAUAUAUAAAUUUCAGCACAGCUGAUUCAUAUACUUUCUCCAAUCUUUCAGCUCUUUAACUGUAAUGUGAAUGUCAAUAAUACUAAUAUAUAUGACAGAAAUCAGACUACAUUGGGCUUUCUGUUUGUGCAUGCAAUUCUUGGACAUUUCUUUUAAAAUGCGUAUCAACCUGAUGUACAAACAUUUCUUUAAUUUAUGAACAAAUUCCACUUUGUGUGCAAGACAAGUCAAGUUUUCACAUCUCCUUGUGGCUGGAGGACUCAAGCUGCAGAGGACGCUGCCAGGGAGAGGGACAAAAUAUUGUGCAUGGCUAAGCAUGCAUGGAAAUUAAUGGACAGACAUGUUUCUAGCUACUACUAAGAGAUGGAGUAACAAAUCCCACAGCCAGCUACUCUGAUCAGCAAGGCUAGAAUAAAUUGCACUGGACUUUUGCAGCAUCAAUAUUUGUAAUGCUUGCAAUCUGUAGAAGCUCUUGUGUGCUUGGCACAACAAGAGGAUGCAGAAAUAAGAGAAACAGCACCUUUAUUCAGUGAAUACCAAGGUGACAUCGUAACUUUGCUGUCAGCGGUGUGGAGUGGUGACAAAACUGUGUGAAUGAUCAAUUCUUCUUUUUUGAGAGGGGUUAAAAAUGAAGCAAAGUUUGUUUUACAAAAAUGCACUGGAAAAUAGGGAUGGGGUUCUAUUUCUAUUCAGUUACUAAUCGACACGGGUUGAGAAUGGUUAUAUUCCCAUGGUGUCGACAUGCUAACGUAGAGUUGUCUACGGUCAAGUAAAGGAUUGAUUCCUAUGUUCUAGCUAUUUACAUGCUAAGUUUAAAAAUAAAAAGUAUUUUAUUGUAUGUAUGCUGUUUUACAAAAUGGAUGCUUGGUGCACAUGCCUCUAGCUAGGCAUGUUGCGGAAUGGUUAAAAAUUGUAAUCAUUUGUACAUUUGUACAAACAACAGUCUGUACAUAUCAGAUACAUUUCUAUCCUAUGAGAUAAAAACAUCAUUGACAUUUGCUAUUUAUAAAGAAUGAACAUUGUGUAUCAGUGUUCUUUUGUCUCGCUGAUAAGUGUAUUUGGAUGUCAAAACAGAGGCAUUUAUAUUAAA